GCUUCUUUUCACUACAAAGUACAUACCUCCAUGUCGUGACGAAAACGGCAACCGGUUUCGGUCUUAUAAGGAGCUCAUAAAAAUAACAACAAGCUGGGCUUGUAUCUGAGCUACCAUGGCAGAUAAUGUGCCAAUUGAUAUCAUCCGUUCUCACCAAGACGAUAUAGACCGGGAGAGCGCAAAACAGGAACAGAAGUUGCAUCCAGAGUCGGCACCACUUGACGUCGACGAAGAUGAAAAAUAUAAGCGCGAUGUCGCCCCAGAUGGUGGCUAUGGCUGGGUCUGUGUCGCCUGUGUUUUCUGGAUUAAUGCGCAUACAUGGGGCAUCAAUAGCAGCUACGGAGUCUUUCUGAGCUAUUACCUUUCAAACGAUGUAUUCCCCAACACAUCUGCUCUAUCGUACGCCUUCACAGGUGGCUUGAGCAUCUCUUGUGCCCUCCUGGUGGCCCCGUUAGCCACCCAUAUGAUCCACAAAUGGGGUGGGAGUAUUGUCUCGGCGCUGCUCAACCUCGGUCAGGGCCUCGGCCGUCCGUUUGUUGGAAUGUUCAGUGACCGACUUGGUCGUAUUAAUAUUGCCACUUUCCUCACUUUCCUCUGCGGUCUAUUCUGUCUCGCCAUCUGGACUUCUGCUGACAGUAUGGGUGUGGUAUGCUUCUUCGCUGUUUUAGUUGGCAGUGUCGCAGGCACGUAUUGGGCUACUGUUUCCCCCGUUCUGGCGGAGAUUAUUGGUAUCAGAGACCUUCCUUCUGGCUUGAGCAUUACCUGGCUCACGCUUGUUGCCCCUUGCACUGUCUCCGAGGCUAUCGCCCUUCAGCUCCGCAGCCAUGAUGUUGGCGGUGGAACUUCAUAUCUGCGCGUUCAGUUAUUUACUGGAUUCAUGUAUGUCGGUGCUUCCUUAUGUUUGUGGGUCGUCCGUGGUUGGAAAGUUGGCGAGUUGGAGCGUGCUAAGGGACGCCGUGAUUCUGCCCAGCCUGGUCCGCUGACUGGAACUCCCGGUGGAAACGAGAAGCAAGACCACCCUACGGCUAUUUCACCGGCCUUGGAGGCCACUGGAACAGACGUUCCGUUGUGGGCCCCGGUCAGCUUGGUUCGCAGAAUGAUCACUUUGAAAAAGGUUUAA